AUGGCCGGUCCCCCUGCACCUCCUCCACCACCACCUCCUCCUGGGGGUCCCAUGAACAGUUCAUCUCCUGCUGCACCACCUCCAGCUAGAGACGCACUCUUAGGUGACAUAAGAAAAGGUGCUAAAUUGAGAAAGGCGCAGACGAUAGAUAAAAGCAAACCUAUUCUGGAUAAAAAAUCAGGUGGGUUUGCAGGUGGUACGAGCUCCCCAGCCCCUUCAAUUCCAUCUGGAGGCCCUACUGUUCCCACUGUCCCCACUGGAGCUCCCCAAUUGGGUGACAUAUUGGCUGGGGGAAUGCCUAAGUUGAGGCAUGUAAGCCGUGGAAAUAACCAUCAAACACCUGCCCAGCCGCCAUCUCCAACUGUUCCGAAACAAAGACCUGGAAGGGUUUCCAGUAACAAGACUGUUCCAACGAUCCCAGGAGGUGUGCCGCCUUUACCUUCCGCUGCCCCUCCGAUAUUGCCAACAGCCACAGCUCCUCCUGCACCAUCUGCUCCACCACCUUUGCCUAAUUCUUCAGUCCCAGCAGUCCCAACUCCAACUGCUCCCAGAAGGCCUUCAACCAGUUCAAGAAAUAAAUCAAGAGUACCAUCUGAUGCACCUCCAGCGGCACCUCCUUUACCAAGCUCUAGGGCACCUCCUGCCCCUCCAGCCCCACCCACUUCACAACCUUCCCCUGCAACGCCUGCAGCACCUUCUGUACCUGGAGGUCUUCCAUUUCUUGCUGAUAUUCAAAAGAACAGGUCUGAUAAACAUGUGAUCGAUACGUCUCCAGAGACGGCACAAGAAUCCUCCAGGGGCCAAGCUGCCAAGGUUUCAAGUUCCAGUGCUCCACCAUUACCAUCAAUAGCUGCUCCUACGGCCCCAGCGGCACCAAAACUACCUAACACAGUUCCACCUUCUCAUACUCCUUUGAAUGCACCACCAUUGCCGAAUUCUGGUGCUCCACCUGUCCCCCCAUUGCCAAGUUCAAGUGCACCACCGGCACCACCCUUGCCAAGUUCUGGUCCCCCCCCAGCACCAAAAUUACCGAAUUCAGGUGCUCCAUCAAUUCCAGCAUUGUCCAAGUCAAAUGCACCACCGGCACCUUCAGCACCUCCAGCACCUUCAGCACCUCCAGCACCUCCAGCACCUCCAGCACCUCCAGCACCACCAGUACCACCGGCACCUCCAGCACCACCAGCACCACCAACACAAAGCUUUGGUGGAUCCUCUUCAAAGACCCAGUCAACUCCGACUCCGAGAACAACUCCACCGGUAAGUGGAGGACUGCCAUUCUUAGCUGAGAUUCAGAAGAAGAGAAACGAUGUACAUGUUGUUGACGGCGAGAGUGGAUAUUCGACUAUGAGCAAUACCCCGGAGCCUUCAUCGUUCUCCCCAAAGGUCCCUCACGUACCCCAGGUCAAUGCUCCCAUCAUUCCCAAACAAUCAGCUCCAAAGAUACCUAGUCUUCCAAACAGUACCGCCCCUCAAAUUCCACAUAGUACCGCUCCUCAAGUUCCAAGCAUUCCAACCCCUUCAAUUCCUACUGCACCUGAAAUACCAUCGCAGGCGGCACCAACUUUGCCACCGCCAAUAGUGAAACCAGCGGAGAUACCUACGCCUGUACGCACACAAAAGCCACCUGUUAGGAUUCCAGAACCUCCAAGUCAAAGUUCUCUACCGCCUCCUCCAACUCCUCCCUCCGCACCUCCAACAGCUGCUCCAGAACUUCCAAACUCUCCGCCGCCAAUGCGAAAUGCGAGCGGAAGCGUAUCCAGGAAGGCCCCUCCUCCUCCCCCCUCUCAAAGCAAACCCAGGAUUCAUUCCGACUCCCAAUCCAGUGCUAAUUUGAAAGUUGAUGAACAACAGCAUGUUGGCGCAUCGUUACGUGCAAUUGAUGUAUCCGCUUACACAAUCGACACUUCUGCUAUCCAUAAGGCAUCGAAUGGCCAGUCGCAAAACAGUUCUAGAAUUGAGAUUGACGACUCUAGAUUUUCUUUCAGCAAUAAGGAUAGUCUCCCAAAGCCUAGAAAGUUUGAAGGCAAGGAGAAACUGUAUCCCAGUGGACGUGGCAGUUCGGUUCCUUUGAAUUUAGCUGCAUUUGUUUGA